AUGGUCACGCUCGAGAUCUGCGGCCUGCCCGUGGAGUUUCCGUUCAAGCCGUACGACUCGCAGCUCAUCUACAUGGAGAAAGUCAUGCUAGCACUCACGUCCAAGCAGAACGCCAUUCUCGAGAGUCCCACGGGUACGGGCAAGACGUUGUGUCUGCUCUGCGCAACGCUCGCAUGGCGGCGGCAUAUGCAGAAGAAGUCACUAGGAGUUAGCCGAAGCGCUGCCUCUGGUGUGAAAGAAGGUCCAGAAGAUGCAACCAUAAGGCACAUCAAUGACGUCGACAGUGACGAGGCGCCAGAGCUUCCGAGGAUCAUUUACUCGUCGCGGACGCACUCGCAGCUGAAGCAAGUGGUGCAGGAGCUCAAGAACACGGCAUACCGUCCGAAGGUUGCAGUGCUCGGCUCUCGAGAGCAUUUGUGCGUGGACGAGAAAGUGUCGAAGCUUCGUGGCACGAGACAGAACCUUGGAUGUCGCUCGACGUGCAAAGACAGGAGGUGUAUGUACAAAAUGGGCUUUGACUCGUACGCCAAGAGGUCGAAGCAGCAAGUGCAGCCGAUCAUGGACAUUGAAGAGCUUGUGACUACGAUGAAGGAAAAGACGGUGUGCCCGUUUUACCUGACGAGGCAUGUGCUGCCGGAUUCGGAGAUUGUCUUCGUACCGUAUAAUUAUCUCAUCGACCCCUUGGCACGUCGCUCGAUCGGCAUUUCGAUUGAAAACUCAAUUUUAAUAUUUGACGAAGCGCACAAUGUGGAGUCGAUUGCAAGCGAAGCUGCGUCGUAUGCGCUCUCGUCGGAUGACAUUUCUGGUUGUAUCUCAGAGGUCGAUUCGUUCAUCAAGGGACUCUCAAAUCAUAGUAUACUGCUGAAUGGUGGUAGCACUUUGACUAUCGAAUCGACACAAACCUUGCGAGCUCUGUUCAUGGAAAUCGACAAAGGACUCAACACUUUUCCGUUGACUUCCAAUGGGGGGUUCACCAAGCCAGGAGAGUACAUCUUCGAGUUCUUUGAGCAGUUCAACGUGAAUUUUGAGACAUGCCCGCUUGUCCUCAACAUGAUUGAAGAAAUUGUCGAAGUUGCACAUGGCGGAGAUGACUCUCAACGAGCUGCCUCCAAACUCGACACGAUGCUCUCGUUUUUGGGCACAAUCUUUCGGAGCAAAGAACAGCACCUUGCGGCAGCUAAAAGUUAUCGUGUCCACAUCCAAGAAGUUCGCGACAGGCCUCUAAAUGCUGGCCGCUUAUUCAACGCUGGUCGAGCGAAAAAAAAGAGUACUCGCGUGUUCAACUACUGGUGUUUUCAUCCUGGUGUAGCUUUUCGCGAGAUUUGCGCGAACAAUGUCCACAAUGUGAUCUUGACUAGUGGCACACUUUCACCAUUGAAUACAACAGUCAAAGAACUUGGGAUUGAUUUUCCGGUGCGGCUGGAGAACAAUCACGUCGUCGACGCUGACCAAGUAUGGGUGGGUGUUGUCGGCACAGGCGUGACUGGCAAGCGUUUGAAUUCGAGCUACAACUUCCGGUCGACUGAAACUUAUCUGUUGGAACUGGGCAACACAAUUGUGAAUUUCACUCGCCUCGUUCCACACGGCCUGCUCGUCUUCUUCCCUUCCUACUCAAUUUUGGAAGAGAGCCUCGACAAAUGGCGAAAUUCUGCUGUGAGCGAGUCAUCUUUGUCAGUAUGGGACCGUAUUGGCCAGCAAAAGCAAGUAUUCGUGGAACCUCGAGGUCGGGCAGAUUUCAAAGAUGUGGUUGACGAAUACCACCGCACUAUCACGGAUAACCCCAAAGGCGCAGUCUUUUUUGCUGUCUGUAGAGGAAAGGUGAGUGAAGGCAUUGACUUUUCAAAUGAUAAAGGGCGUGCUGUCGUCAUCACUGGCUUGCCGUUUCCGCCUACGAAAGACCCAAAAAUAGUUUUGAAAAAGAGUAUUUUGGACGAAACUGUAGUGCUGCCUGGAGAGCAGAAAUUGACGGGCAACGCAUGGUACAUUCAACAAGCGUCACGAGCAGUUAACCAAGCCAUUGGUCGUGUCAUUCGACACCGCCACGAUUACGGCGCUAUCGUUCUGCUAGACGAACGGUUCGCUUUGAAACAGCAGCAAGAGUGUUUGUCAAAAUGGCUGCAACCUCAUUGUCACACCUGCAGAGGAUACGGUGAAGCACAUAUCGGCCUGACUCGAUUUUUCAAAGGUAACAAAGCAAGAGCAGUACCGAAAUCAUCUGUGAAGAAGCUGCUCCAGCAACCCAAAUCGAUUGGACUGUCCAAGCGAGCGCUGUCAAAUGCUUCACAGGUAAUGUCUGACAGCGGAGGUAACGAAGUCGAUCUGCAGCCAGAUGCGUCCCAGCUAUCCUCUUCUCAUCCUGCAAUUGGGGAUGGGCAAUCCUACGUCAACCCACAGCUGCUUCGACAUCCUCCGGAUCCAGUGGAGGUAACCGAAACCAAGACGUAUGCUCCGUCAGCUGCUGUGCCACUGAGACCAGCUUCUCGUUCCUUAGGAUCACUAUUACGAUCCACGUCGAGAUCAGCGAUGGUGGAUACGACAUCGUCGAUUUCACGCCCAUUUACGUCCCCCUCGACGUCAAAUGCCGGAGGCUCCACUGAUAGUGCAAUUGUUGUACAUGAUGCCGAUGAGCAAACAGCAAGGCAAAGGCUGGAUCCUAGUGCUGCUGAUGUAAAUGGAAAGGGAUCUGGUGCAAAAGCGUCGGUAGCCGAAUUUCCUGUAGUAGCAAGAAAAGUGCUUCAGCCUUCCGAUGUGGCGAAACUAUACGGCUUGAUCCGACAGCUUCACAUCGGAGAAGAGGUUGACUCGGUGCUGAGUGAGAUGUGUGAUCUUUUGCGCGGCUCGGCUUGUAAAGAGCUGCUGGAUCUAAUGCCGAAAGUGUUAAAUGGUGCAAUAUGCGAGCAGUUCAUCGAGGCGGCAACAAGUCACGGGCUGGAAAUAUCAGGAGGUAACAGAGCUCAACACACCACGCCUCAAGCACGAUCUACCGAUAUGUCGACGUUUUUCGAACGACUUCAGCAGAAAAAGAGAAAGACUUAUCACGGGCACACUCCGACAGCAGCUGUCAUCAAAGAUCCGCAGUGCUUUGUGUGCUACGAUAUUACGCGCAAGGCCUAUGCAUCACCGCAGUGCGGCCACAUCUGUUGCCAUGCUUGCUGGACAAAGAUGGAAAAAGACGGGUUCACGUCCUGCCCAGUGUGCAAGGUCCCGAUCAAGCUAGAACAGCUAAGUUUGAUCCGCGCAGCAAAACAAUCGUUAGACCGUCAUGGUUAA